CCGAGGUCUGGUGCUUAACAUUCCUCGACCAGAUAAAACGAGGAUCAAGACAAAAAUUUCACAUUUGAGGUUCAGAUUGAAGUUCUCAAGUCGGCAUUCAGGGAUCUUCGGGCAUCUCAUCUCACGCCGCCGCUACAAGACAUGGAAUAAAAGCCCAGCCAACUAUCCACGAACCUCUCAACCUAUUUCAACCAUCGGCGAUCAGCCAACAUGGACGCCCAUGAAGACGAUAGCGACAUCAAGCUGCAAAAGGCAUCGUCGGAACUCAUUGCAGAAUUCUCUCGCUCACUCCCGCUCUUCCUUCGCAAGCCCGAUGGCAAGACCCUCCGCGCCCGCGUCAGGGUGUCGGAGACCUCACGUCUGACUUCAAGCCUCCUUGACCCAUUCCAAGAACUCCCUCAACUACUGGACCCUCACCUCCCGGAAUGGCUUCCCCUCCUUGCGUCAACGUACCUAGAGCACCUCAACACCCGCACCCGCACCCGGGCUCGGCCAUCGGCUUCAACCCGCUCCCAGCUCCUCGAGCCCCUGAGUCUCGCCAUUGCCAAAAUCAUCUACCACUUCACCAAGAUCCGCGGCGAAAAGGUCAUUGUUCGCUUCCUCAACGUCGAGUCCCGCCACAUCGAGCCCCUCCUCUCGGCCCUCGAGGCCUCGGAGCGCGCCUCGUCAACCGCCCGCCCUGCGCUUAACCCCCUUUCUUCUCCCCAGUCCGCCACAGCGUCCUCAUCAGCAACCCCCGUCGGCACCGCACAAUGGUCUUGGGAAGAGCGCUACCUCGUCCUCCUCUGGCUCUCCCACCUCCUCCUCGCCCCCUUCGACCUCUCCACCAUCUCCUCCGCCUCUGCCGAACCGGAUCUCACCCUUCCCUCGAUCCCAGACUUUGACUGGCCCGAGGACCUCCCCGGAAUCACCGUCCGCAUCCUCCCGAUCGCCAUCAAGUAUCUCGCCUCCUCCGGCAAAGAACGCGACGGCGCCCGCGCUCUCCUCGUUCGCGUCGCCAUGCGCCGUGACAUGCAAUCCCAAGGCGUCCUCUCCGCCCUCGUCCGCUGGUCCCUCGCCUCCCUGAAACCUUCACCCUCACCCUCACCAUCCUCCUCCGACGCCACGACACCGGCAUCAUCACCGCAGCCGCCCUACUUCUACAUCGGCGUCCUCUCCUUCCUUGCCGGCGUCCUCCGAUCCUCCAUAAACACCUCCGACAUGGACGCCUACCUCUCGUCCAUCUUCCUCACCGCGCACGCAGUCGCCUCCGCCGAAGACGCCUCGGACACCACGGCCGCGGCCGCCCCGUCCGUCUCAGCCGCCAUCCGCUCCGUCGCCGUAGCGCGCAAAAUGCUCAUCAAAGUCAUCCGCUCCGUCACUGUCCUCCUCCUACGCAGCAACAAGUCCCCAUCAGACCACCAGAGCACCGACGAGCUAGUCGAAAUGUCCAUAGGCUACCUCCUCGAAUCCCUCGCCGACAACGACACCCCCGUCCGCCUGGCCGCCUCCAAAGCCCUCAGCAUCGUCACCCUCAAACUCGACCCAGACAUGGCCUCCCAAGUCGUCGAUGCCGUGCUAGACUCCCUCAACCGCAACGUCUUUUGGACCCGCGACCCGGGCACCUCCAAAGGAACCUCUUCUUCCGCAACCACCACCACCUCCACGCGCGACCUCACAGCCGUCGACCCCCUAGAAUGGCACGGCCUAAUGCUCACCCUCUCCCACCUCCUCUACCGCCGCUCCCCGCCCGCCUCCCAACUCCCCUCCAUCGUCCACGGCCUCCUCCUCGGCCUCUCGUUCGAGAAACGCAGCACCUCAGGCGGCUCCAUCGGCACAAACGUCCGCGACGCAGCCUGCUUCGGCAUCUGGGCCCUCGCACGCCGCUACACCACCCCAGAACUCCUCCACGUUCCCACCGCGUCCGUCGUCGCGGCACGCAGCUACCAUCAAACCUCUUCCACCUCCUCCAACGCUUCGUCCAACGUAUCCGCCUCCAGCGUCUCUAUCCUCCAAGUCCUCGCCACAGAACUCACCGUAACAGCCUCCCUCGACCCAGCAGGCAACAUCCGCCGCGGUGCCUCCGCCGCCCUGCAGGAACUCAUCGGCCGGCACCCGGAUACCGUCGAAAAGGGCAUCUGGGUAGUCCAGGCCGUAGACUACCACACCGUCGCACUGCGCUCGCGCGCGGUACACGAUGUAGCCCUCAGCGCGACAAAACUUUCGUCGCAGUACGGCGCCGCGCUACUGGACGGCCUGCUCGGCUGGCGGGGCAUAGGCGACGCCGACGUCGUCUCGCGGCGCGUGGCUGGUGCUUCGUUUGGUACGCUUACGCUGGAACUCGCGCGGCAGACGACGGCUUCUGCUUCGGCUUCGGCUGCUUCUUCGUCAACGUCCCCGUCUAGCGAGUCUAGUGACGACAAUGACGACGGGAGCGUUGCUCAGUUCACGGCGUCCAUCGAGAGGGUUCUCGCGCGCCUGCGUACGCUCCAGACGCGCCAGGUCGACGAACGACAUGGUCUCGUGCUCUGCCUCGCCUCCGUCCUGGAUAAAUUCCCCGAGCUGCUCGCCGGUAAACCGAUCGAUACCGUCAUCACUGAGAUUGCUCACCGCAUCAUCCGCGAACUAGAAUCACUCUUCACAGAAUUCCAAACGACAACAUACCGUCGACCAGAACUCAUCGCCGAAGCAUACAGCCGUCUAAUCACUUCAUCAUUCCCUGUCCUACAAGCUACAUCAUCACCGAGCAGCCAAACCACAAACCUAGAACCAGGCUACAAGGUCGUCUCAACAGACAACACCAAAAGCCUAAUCGCCGCAAUCAAGACACUCGACGCCCAGGACAACAACAACAACAACAACAACAACAACAAGAUCCCCGACAGCAUAGCAAACUUAGUCUCCACCUUCCACCCCAUCGUCAGCGCAGGCCUCGCCCGCACAGAAAAGGAAGCCGUCGCCGCGUCCUCGGAAGCAGCCCUCGUCCUCCUCGUCUUCUCACCAGCAGAAGAGCGCAAGCGCAUCGUCACAGAAUGGGCCGGCGCCGUGAGGCAGCGGCCGACGUCGCGCGCGGCCAGCGAUACGGGCACGCUGUUCGCGCUGACGAUGUCGUACGCUGUCACGACUACCUUUGGCGGCGACGACAGAAACAGCAGCAGCAGCUGCUGCGUCGUCUGCGACACGAUCCUCGCAAGAUGGGCCACCGACAACGACAUUGACACGCGCGUGGCGAUCCUACAGGCCCUCUCGCAGAGCGGUUUACUACGGGACCAGGCGCUUGUGUUCCUCGAUCUGCUGGCGGAGGGCCUGAACGAUUAUACGACCAACGCGAGGGGCGACGUCGGGUCCCACGUCAGGCUGGAGGCGCUCAAGGCGACCAAGUCGUUGUGGACUAUGGCUCUUAGCGUGGAUCGGGAAAGAACAAACAAGAUGGACUGGCUUCCCGAGGCGGUCUCGAAGCUUUUCCUCCGAAUCUUACGUCUGGCCGCCGAGAAGCUGGAUCGCGUGCGUACUGAAGCGCACGCGGUCCUUGCUUUGACUGUUGAGUCUAGCUUCGCAACAACCUUUACAAAGCUCACCUUUUCAUCAAAACCUUACUUCCAAACGCUGCUCAACCUCUACGCAACAGACAACAGCCUCCGACCGCCCAUCGCGGAGCCGGCCAGGGCCGACGCGGGUGCCUGGAUGGCGGAGCUGCUGGCGGGCUACGUCACGUCGGCCGACACGGGCAACGAGGACCUGGUGAUUGCGUCCCGCGCGGCGCUGGCCGACUUUUGCGCCGCGUCGCCGCGGAACCUGGACGCCGUCUGCGUGGCGCUGGUGAGCAACGUCAAGACCAGGCAGCAGCAGCAGACACCAGGCCAGGGCCAGGGCCAGGGAGACCGCGUGGUGGUGCCGACGCUCGAGAUUGUGGCGUUCCUAUGCCACGUCGGACUCUUUCAACAAUGUCGCGAGGUCGAUUUGCGGCACCUGUGCUUGCAGGUCCAAAAGGCGGGUUACAAGACUGGCAAUGUUAGGAAGCUGGAGGCUUGCAUCAAGGUGUACGGCUGCGUGGCCGGGUUCGAUGAGGAGUGUGCCGGUGUGAAGGAGGAGGAGGAGGAGAUCCUCCGGGGUAAGAGGCGGGACGGCAUCUCAGAGGCCAGGAAGCGUCUUGGUGCGUUGAUGUUUCAUCCCUGGCCGAGGGUGAGAAGCUUGGUCGUCGACGAGCUGUGGAAAUUGUUCGGGGAGGAGGGUGAGAAUGGCGGCGGCGCCGAGUCGCUCAAGAGCGUCGACUGGAGUAAAGCCGACAAAGCUUCCAUCAACCGCGUCGUGGACCGGUUUGCAUUGUCUCGGGCAGCGUAGUCAAGCAUAGCAUAAUACAAUGCGGCUUCGUGGGUUGCGCGGAACGCCGUGACAGAGAAUGUUCCUUUCGUCCCAAACCAAGGUUGUACCUUUUUCAGUCAGUGCGGGCCAGUCUCUUCGAGAAGAAAAGUGU